CGAUAAAAUAAUAAAUGCAGUACGCCAUUUGUUGUUAUUCACAGCUGCACAUUUCAUUUCGAGUAAAAGAAAAUAAAUUUAUCUUUAAAUUUGCCACAUUUUAAAUUUGAAAUCAACCGCUGGAAGGUUGAUUAUGUCGCAUACAAUUUUACUCGCUCAACCUGGUAAACCAGAAACAAGAAGCUAUUCAGAUUAUGACUCAGUAAAUGAAUGCAUGGAAGGUGUGUGUCACAUGUACGAAGAACAUUUGAAAAGACAAAAUCCUGAUUCCCCUUCAAUCACAUAUGACAUUCGACAGUUAUUUGAAUUUAUUGAUCAGCUGUCAGAUUUGUGUUGCUUAGUGUACCAAAAGACAACAAAUACUUAUGCUCCAUAUAAUAAGGAUUGGAUCAAAGAAAAAAUCUACAUUUUACUCCGACGACAAGCUUCCAAAAGUGCUUAAUUGUGUUUUUAAUCAUCAUCAUAUAAUUUCUCAUAAACUCAACAAAGAAAAAAAAAUCAUUCAACUUUUUUGUGCAGAUAUUGCUUUUUAAAUUGUAGCAUUUUAUGAAUUUUGACCUUUCUUUUGUGAUACAUUUGUGUGCUGUAUUUUAAUAUUACUUGUUCUUCCUUACUGUACAUAACGUAUCUACCCAAUAAAAUAUCUUAUUUAAUUAAUCAAA